AUGAAUUUUAGAGAAUUAAAUUUAAUACCGAAAUCAUCAAGUCUAUCGAAUGUUGCUAAUGAUGAAAAAAGGAAUAAUGAUUCUUUGCUACCACAAAGAUUUUCAUCGAAAAGUAGUUUAGAUAAAACACAUUUAAUGCCUAAAAUAUGGAAUUCAACAAAUCCAAAUUUUCAAAAUGGAAGCGAGAUUCUCUCAAAAAAUUUCGAAACGAUUCAGCAAUUAAAAACUAUUGAAAUUCCUUCUGAAGGCAAUCAGUUUGUGCCGAAUUCUCACAAUGAUUACUAUGGUGCAGCUACGUUUCCUGAAUAUAAAUGCUUUAAAAAAAAGGCCAACCAAAAAUCGCUUGAUUCACCGAAUUAUGAUAAUAUGACAUUAGAUGAAUUAAUUGCUGCAAGCACAAGUUGGGUUGAAAGUUUAUCUUCGGCACAAGAUCUAACGAAUAAAAAUAUUGGCGUAAAUGGCAAUUUUGCAAAUCACAAUAAUCACGAGCCACCUAAAAGAUCCAUUAGAUUUGCUAGUGUCGUAACAGAAAGUAUCAAUAACACUCUCACUUCGGAAGAUAAUGAAAUAGAGAGUGUCGAUAGUGUAGCAAGAAAUGAAAAUGAAGGUACCAUUUCAAGUGGAUCUGGCAGUAUUGUGCUUAAAUAUCGUCAGUAUAAUUUAACAUCAACGCCGGAAACUACCGUCUAG